GACACUUGUUCUGCGACUUGACAAGGGCUAGAAGGGGGUGUAUUUAUAUUUAAAUUUUUUUAACUAUUAAAAAACUAAAUAUCGUAGUAAUUAAUUUUUUAUUUACAAUAAAACAAUGAAGCCAUUUUGAGUAUUUAAAAACCAAAAAUAUGACUUCAAAAAGGGUAAAUAUGAGAGAAUUGGAGGCUGCUGCUAGGGCCUCUGCAACAGCCAAGGUCAUUAACACAUUAAAUAGGCCAGGCCAAUUGGAGAAAAUCGACCAAAUUAAGCAGAGGUAUGUUCGAAAGAAAGCUUCCGUCGAAGCACUGUUGAAGUCUGCAAUGCAGCAACAACUUGAUGGGGUUCGAACUGGCUUGGUUCAGUUGCAUAAAUGUCUUGAGGAGGUUUGUGAAAUUAAUCAUAGUAUGAAGAAAAUGUCUGAUUUGUUUUCUGAUGUUCCUGAACUUAGCAAAAAGCUGAUUGAUAUUAGAGACGAAAAUAUGCGACAUUCACAGUACGUAACAGCUAAAGAAAAUCUUAAGCACAUUUUUACAGUUCCAGAAAGUGUUGAGAAAACAAAAGCUUGGAUUAAUGAAGGAAAAUUGUUGCAUACACAUCAGUGUUUAAGGGAUUUGGAAAACUCUAGAGAUGACCUGCUGUUCGAAUUACACAAAUUACCUAACCAGUCGGUACAUGACAAAUCGAUGUUGAAAGCAUAUUUUGCCGAUGUGGAGGUCUUAUCAAAGUUGUUAGAGAAGCAACUAACAUUCAUUUUAUCUAGAACGUUAAAUACAGUAAGAAAAGACCCUACAGUAAUCGUCACAGCUCUGAGGAUCAUAGAACGAGAAGAAAAAGCAGACGAGGAAGCUGUAAAGCAACAUAAACAAACGGGAUUCAUUCCUCCAGGUCGUCCAAAAAAGUGGAAAGAAAUGUUAUUCAACAUUUUGGAGAAGACUGUGUCAUCAAAAAUUGAGGGUACUCAGGUUGAAGAAAGAGAAGAUAACAAACAUUGGCUUAUACGUUAUUUGGAACUCAUUAGAAUGAUGAUUUUAGAAGAUCUCAGGAUAGUUAAAACGCUUUGUCUUCCUUGCUUUCCACCAACCUAUAAUAUAUUGGAUUGGUACAUUCGCAUGUACAAUCGGUGUCUUUCCAUACACCUACAAGAAAUCAUACAAAAUGGACUUGAAGGAAACGAAUAUGUUACCAUGCUUUCUUGGGUUUUAAGAACUUACAAAUCAAAAGAUAUGUUGGGUCAUCCUGAUCUUGCAGCUUCUACAGAAAAUUUGCGCGAAUUACUACCCAAAACUGUGCUAGAUGAAUUAGAAGGCAAAUAUAUGAAAAAUAUCGAGAAUAAUUACAAAGAAUGGAUGCAGAACACCCUUAAAUCAGAAAAAGAGGAAUGGAGAUCAAAUACAGAACCAUUUUCUGAAUCGUAUUCACGCACACCAGCUCCAAUUAUUAUAUUUCAAAUGAUUGAUCAGAAUUUGCAAGUAGCUAAAACAAUAAGUGAAGAAUUAACAAUAAAAGUACUAAAUUUAAGCAUUCAACAAGUUAUCAUCUUCGCAGAUGAUUUCAGAGAAGCUAUUAUUGAAUUCAAAAAUAAAUAUUUUGAAGACAGAAAACAGGUUGUUUAUUUUACACAAUACAUGAUCUUAAUUAUCAACAAUAUAUCCCAACUGAUUGAAUUAGGUUCUCAACUGGAAAAAGAGUAUGUUACGAAUACCAGUUCGCAUGAACUUACUAGGAAUUUUGGAGCUUUAAAAGCGACUUAUAUUAAAAUGAGAAACGACGCAGUUCAUAAUCUCUUAGAAGAAUUAUUUGUUGAUUUAGACCAACAUUUUGACAAAUUAUUUACUUCACAUUGGUUCACUUCUAAUCCAGCUGAUACAAUAUACGUGACUAUCGAAGAUUACUUCCAGGAUUACAACCGCUUAGUGGAAGCGAAUUAUAAAUAUUUAACUGAGCAAUUAAUUACGUGUGUUGGUAGAAAAUACCUCACAGCCAUGCUCUCCCGGCGUGUAUCGUUUAAAACUUACGAAGAAUGUAUGAAAGCCGCUCAGAAAUCAUCAGAAGAAGCCAACAGGUUUAACAGAUUGUUUCUAAACCUUAGCAAAGAUAUUGAAUGUGAAAAUCCUUUCGAAGCGAUCAUUAUGCUUUCGGAAGUUUUAAAGAGCGAUGAUGAUAUGCUGUCAUUCGAGCUUCACAGGGUUGUUGAGAAAUAUCCAGAUAUCACAGACGAUCAUCUUCUUAGGUUACUUAAUUUGAGAGGCGAUCUGUCUAGGUCUGAAGUUAGAGAUAAAGUUGCACACAUAGAUAAACCUAAAGUUUUACAUAAAAGUUCCAUUUUUAGAACAUUGCUGUUUCCGAAACUUGUAAAUAUCAAUUUGAACUUUUAAUAUGUAAUUAAUGUGUAAUAAUUAACAAUCUUUGUUUAACUCAUUCCAUUCGGUAGGUCACACUUUAGAAUGAUAUUAAAUAUUGUAUUUAUACUAUAAUUGUUAUAGGGAGAAAUCAAAUUCUUACAAACUAACCGAGAAUGUAUAAUAAUUUGAGGUAGAGUUAUAAUUAUGAAACAAAUUGUAUAAAAAUUAAAGCAUGUAAUAAGAAAAUAUAAAUAAAUUUUAUAAACAGAACACAUUAUUUACGAGUAUUUAAAUUUUUAAAGAAAUUGUGAAGAGUAGGUUGAUUUUCAGGCUUUACUCUCUUUAAACCUAACGUCCUACAAGGACCUAAUCGUUUUCGU